AUGGUCUUCUGUUCCCUGCUCGAGUACGCUGCGGUCGGUUAUAUCAACAAGCGGAUGAAAUUGCAGGCGAAAAAGAAGGAAGAUAAUCGCGAUUCGGGCACUUCAUCACUAAUGAUGAUGAAAGCGGUGCGGGUACACCGACGCUUCACAUGGAAGUGCCUUCUUCGACCGUCCAAUAUCGACAAGUACUCGCGAUGGAGCUUUCCUGCUCUGUUCAUCCUGUUCAACGUCGGCUAUUGGAGCUAUUUCCUCAGGAUCAGUCACAACGAUGCCGUGCUCAACACCGAUUUUUGA